GUGCAUUACUUGCCCGCACACAAUCACCUUUGCCCGCAGUAUCGCAUUCUAAUCUCCAGCCUUUUCCUUUCAUUGUCGUUGCUCAUCGUCUCUUGUUCAACGCAAUCCAUCAACACAAGCGAAUCACCCUUUGCAACCUUUUCUGCUGCAUCUGCGCCAUCGUCCUAACCGUAUCGAUUAAGCCUUACAGCCAUCGAUCCCCGCCGCCCAUUGGCACAACUUCCGCGUCUUCCAUCGCUCGUUGAGCGCUUUCCUCCAACGACUCGCAGCCAUGUCGGUCUCAGUCGGUGAGCUUGACGCCACCGUCAAGGCUUUCCAAGAGGGCAAGGGUGACGUACAGAAGCAAGCCCAACAAAAGCUGAACGAGUUCAAAUCCAACCCCGAUGCCUGGUUGAUGGUGGACAAGAUCCUUCAAGAGUCUUCGUACAUGCCGACUAAAUACCUUGGUCUGCAGGUCUUGGAUGAUGUUGUCAACACGCGAUGGAAGGUUUUGCCUCGAGACCAGUGCCUCGGGAUUCGAAAUUUCGUGGUCAACCAGAUCCUGCAGGCUUCAGAAACUGAAGAAUCCCUCAAGGCCAACAAACUCUUCCUCAACAAGCUUGAUUUGACUCUGGUCACUAUUCUCAAACAAGAAUGGCCACAUCACUGGCCGACGUUCAUCAAUGAAAUCAUUUCCGCCUGCCACAGUGGCUUGUCGGUUUGCGAAAACAACAUGACCAUUCUGCGACUCCUUUCUGAGGAGGUCUUUGAUUUCUCCCAAGACCAAAUGACCUCUACCAAGGCUAAGAAUCUCAAGACUAGCAUGUGUUCAGAGUUUUCAUCCAUCUUCCAGCUGUGUAAUGAAGUUCUCACGACAGCCAACUCGAUCACGCUGGUCAAGGCCACGUUGGAGACUCUGCUACGUUUCUUGAAUUGGAUUCCCUUGGGCUUCAUUUUCGAGACAAAGCUCAUCGAUACUCUGGUCACCCGAUUCCUGGAAGUGGAUCAAUUUCGCAACAUUACUCUCAAAUGUCUGACCGAAAUCGGCGGUCUACAGCUCGGCCAGCAGUAUGAGUAUGACGACAAGCUCAUCCAGAUGUUCACCGAGACUUUGACUGUAGUUUCCAAGACCAUUUCUCUCGAUACUGAUUUCCGUGAAGCAUACGCAAAAGCAAAAGCCUCCGAACAAGAAUACAUUCUCAACCUGGCCAUCUUCCUAUGCAAUUACUUCUCGGCUCAUCUCCAGACCAUCGAACGCCUGCCGAAUCCCGAUUAUCUCCUGACGGGUCAUUUCUAUUUGAUCAAAAUCAGUCUGAUCGACGACCGAGAGAUUUUCAAGAUCUGCCUGGAAUACUGGAACAAAUUAGUCCAGGAAUUGUAUGAAGAGAUGCAGCAACUGCCUAUAACUGAGCUUAAUCCUCUCGUGAAUAUGGGCGUAACUGGUCUGGCCAACGGCGGUGCACCUCAUCCCAGCACACUCGCAAACUACCCCUUGCGGAAACACAAGUAUGGGCAGGUCUUGACGAGCUUGAGACAAGUGAUGGUGGAGAAAAUGGUCCGACCUGAAGAAGUCCUCAUUGUAGAAAAUGACGAGGGAGAGAUAGUGCGCGAGUUCGUCAAGGAGAGUGACACCAUUCAACUCUACAAAACAACCCGAGAAUGCCUGGUGUACUUGACGCAUCUGGACGUUGUGGACACGGAAAACAUCAUGUCCGAGAAACUUGCCCGGCAAGUAGACGGCUCCGAAUGGUCUUGGAACAACUGCAACACACUAUGUUGGGCCAUCGGCUCAAUAUCUGGCGCCAUGAACGAAGAGACCGAGAAGCGCUUCUUGGUCACCGUGAUUAAGGAUCUGCUUGGUCUUACGGAGAUGAAGCGUGGCAAAGACAACAAGGCGGUCGUGGCCAGUAAUAUCAUGUACAUUGUCGGCCAGUAUCCUCGUUUCCUGAAGGCGCACUGGAAAUUUCUCAAGACCGUCGUUAACAAGCUGUUUGAGUUCAUGCAUGAAACUCACGAGGGUGUCCAGGACAUGGCUUGCGAUACUUUCAUCAAAAUUGCCAACAAAUGCAAACGACAUUUUGUGGCGCUGCAACCUGGCGAGACAGAACCGUUCAUCGACGAGAUUGUGCGGAACAUGCAAAAGAUCACCUGUGAUCUCACCCCUCAACAAAUCCACACAUUCUACGAGGCAUGUGGUUACAUGAUAUCGGCACAAGGCCAGAAGAGUGUUCAGGAUCGAUUGAUCGACAAUCUAAUGGCAUUACCGAAUCAGGCCUGGGACAACAUCAUUGCUCAAGCGAAUCGCGAUUCAUCCAUCUUGCAAGAUGCCGAAACGAUCAAGGUGAUUGGCAACAUUAUGAAGACUAACGUGGCAGCGUGCUCAUCAAUAGGAACUUAUUUCUACUCGCAAAUUGGUCGCAUUUACCACGACAUGCUCAACAUGUACCGGGCAUCGAGCUCAUUGAUUUCAGACGCCGUCGCUUCUGGUGGCAACGUGGCGACCAAGACUCCCAAAGUCCGCGGCUUGCGUACUAUCAAAAAAGAGAUUCUGAAGCUCGUCGACAUCUACGUGCAAAAGGCCGAUGACCUCCAGAUGGUCAAUGACACUAUGGUUCCGCCUCUCCUUGAUGCCAUUCUGCUCGACUACCAGCGCAAUGUCCCGGACGCUCGAGACGCUGAAGUGCUCAGUGUUACUACUACCAUCGUCCAUAAGCUACAUAAUCUAAUGGAAGACAAGAUUUCUCCCAUCAUGGAUGCCAUCUUUGAAUGUACGCUAGAGAUGAUCAACAAAGACUUCCACGAGUAUCCCGAGUUCCGAGUCGAAUUCUUCAAGCUUUUGCAAGCUAUCAACUUGUUCUGCUUCCCGGCACUGCUCAAACUCGACGGCCGUCAAUUCAAGCUGAUCAUCGACUCCUGCAUGUGGGCCAGCAAACACGACAACCGAGAGGUCGAGAACACAGGCCUGUCGAUGUGUCUCGAGCUGAUCAACAACAUGGCCGAGACCGAUGCACAAACGUCGGGUGUCUUUUUCUCACAGUUCUACAUUUCUAUCCUACAAGACGUGUUCUAUGUUCUCACCGACUCGGAUCACAAAGCCGGUUUCAAGUCACAGUGCAUGCUGUUGGCGCGUAUGUUUCAGCUGGUUGAAGCCAACAAGAUUUCACAACCACUGUACCAAAAUGGCCAAGCAGCACCCGGCACAUCCAACAAGCAGUUUGUCACCGAAUUCACCGCCAAUCUACUUCAAAAUGCCUUUCCCAACCUGCAAGACGUGCAAAUCCAGCAUUUCGUCACUGGACUGUUCACCCUUAAUGAGGAUGCCAACAAGUUCAAGACACACAUGCGUGACUUUUUAAUCUCACUCAAGGAGUUUGCCGGCGACAAUGCCGAGUUGUAUGCGGAAGAACGUGAACAGGAGAAGAAGGAUCUCGCCUCGGCUGAACGUGAGCGAGCCAUGAAGGUCGGCGGUCUUAUCAAGCCCUCGGACCUCGAUCAGGACGACGAGCUCUGACUAGAAGAAGAACUCCGGACGGAGUUUGCGGUGCGUGCCGCCGAGGACAGCCAGCCCGCCGGGCCUUCGGUUGAACACUACGCUAUGGAGAGUGCGACUGAAGAAGACUACGAAAGUGGAUGGGUGUUCUACAAGUGCUGAUGCCACCCCGUGACCGGUUGGCAGGGCCGCGACAUGAGGCGGCGACGACGACGGGACGCACUUGAUACAUGUUCGAGAUUUUCCUUGCGCGAUAUUGAGAUACCAAAAAGCAUGGCCUUUUGGCAGGAUACCUUUUAGAUCGUCACUCGACAGGCUCGGAUUGGGCACUUAUUCUUGCAUGCCUGCAACGAGCUGAGGUCAAGGAAUGCUGACAUGACUGUUCAGCUCGGUUCGAUGCAUGACGCAUUCUGGCGAGAUGUCGACUGGUAGAACUCUAGAUGCGAUCAAUGCAUGAUGCAGACCUGGAGGAUAUGACCCAGCUCUCUGUUAUGUGCAUCACCCGAUAUUGGGAAUACAGCUCCGUAGAGGUAGUAACUACAUGAUAAGAUGAGAUUUAACAGUCAAA